AUGGAGGAAAUGGCGGAUGCCAGAGACCCCAUUGAGGAGCUCAUUACGAGCUUCAACGAGUUAAACUCCUCGACAAUAGAGGAACUCGAUGAAGAGCCCAGCCCGCUCGAGUUUAUGCGAUUUGUAGCAAGAAACACCCCCUUCGUCAUUCGGAACGGCGCAAAGGACUGGGUUGCAACCAAGACGUGGAGCGCUCAAUAUCUGCAGGAGGCACUGAAGGGUCAUCAUGUUAAUGUUGCUGUGACGCCGUUCGGAAACGCGGAUGCGCCGACUGUACACAGCGACGGAGCGCACGCAGGAGGAGAGCACGUGUUCGCAAAGCCGCACGAGGAAGACCAGCCUUUCGAGAACUUCAUCGACUACCUGACGAACCAGGAGCUAGACCCAUCCUUCUCGGGCUCGGAAGUAAGAUAUGCGCAGACCCAAAAUGACAACCUCCGGCAUGAGUACGUUUCGCUGUUCGCACAGACUCUCAAGUCCAUCCCGUUCGCGCGUAUAGCGUUGCAGAAGGAGCCGGAUGCGAUCAACAUGUGGAUCGGCAACUCGAGGUCGGUGACGGCGCUGCACCGGGACAACUACGAGAACAUCUAUGUCCAAAUUGCAGGCCAGAAGCACUUUGUGUUGCUGCCCCCUCUCUGCCAGCCCUGCAUAAAUGAGCAGGAGCUGCGUCCAGCGAGCUACGUCCGAAAAGGAGACCAGCUGGUGCUGGACAUGGAAGACGGGGACAGCGUCCCCUUUGCAACAUGGGAUCCCGACCGCCCAGAAGCAAACAGCACGAAGUACUCCGCACUUGCGAGUCCGAUACGGGUAACCUUGGACCCUGGGGAUAUGUUGUACCUCCCAGCCAUGUGGUAUCACAAGGUUUCACAGUCUUGCUCCCUCGAAGGCGUUUGUAUAGCCGUAAAUUAUUGGUACGACAUGGACUUCAGUGGUCCUCUAUAUCCCCUAACCUCUUUCGUCCGAAGUAUGAACGGGCGAAUAGCCUAG